CGUGUCCGUGCUUCCAGAGAGUUCGGAGAGGCGGGCGGUGAUCGGUGUGACGUGUGUGUGCAGCGGGGACAUCGCCGGGGGGGACCGAGACACGAUCAGAUCGGGCGACAGAAAAUGGUCAGGGAAACGGCAUAUUAUGACAUCUUGGGUGUGUCGCCGAGGGCCUCCUUUGACGAGAUAAAGCGGGCGUACAGACGACUGGCUCUAAAGUACCACCCCGACAAGAACCCCAAUGCGGGUGAAAAGUUUAAACAGAUCUCCAAAGCGUAUGAAGUCCUCUCCGACUCUAGCAAGAGGGAGCUGUACGACCGAGGUGGGGAAUCGGCUAUUAACGGGGAUGGCUCCUUCCAAAGUGGGGCAAGUAGCUCUCCUAUGGACAUCUUCGAUCUCUUCUUCGGAACCCGAUCCAGAAGUCGGUCUAGAGGAGAGAGAAAAGGGAAGACGGUCACUCACUGCCUCUCAGUUUCUCUGGAAGACCUAUACAACGGGGCCACAAGGAAACUGUCCAUUCAGAAGAAUGUCAUCUGCCUGAAGUGUAGAGGGUCCGGCGCUCGGCAGGGAUCGGACGUGCGGUGCCGCAGGUGUCAGGGGACGGGCGUGGAGGUGCGUGUCUUGGCUCGGAUUCCAGGGGUGGUGCACUCCCUCCAGAGUACCUGUUCAGACUGCAACGGCCAGGGCGAAUGCAUAAGGGGGCGCGAUCAGUGCCGCUACUGCGAUGGGCGGAAGGUGGUGCGGGAGAAGAAAAUCUUGACGGUCCACAUAGACAAAGGUAUGAAGGAUAAACAGAAGAUGAUAUUUCACGGUGAAGGGGAUCAGGCUCCGAGCUUGCAGCCUGGUGACAUCAUCAUCGUCUUGGAGCAGAAAGAACAUCUGGUGUUCCAGAGGAAAGACAACGAUCUGGUCAUGGAGCUGGAGAUCUCUCUCGCCGAUGCCCUCUGCGGAUGUAAGCAGAAAGUCCAGACACUGGACGGCAGGACCAUCCUCGUAACAUCACAGCCAGGUGAAGUGAUCAGACCUGAUGAAACAAAGUGUAUUCUGAAAGAAGGGAUGCCCAAGUACCGCGAUCCCUUUGAGAAGGGGAACCUCAUCAUCCAGUUCAAGGUAAAAUUCCCCAAACCUGGCUGGAUUCCUGCUGACCGUCUGCAAGAGCUUCAAGAGUUAUUCCCAUUAAAAUCAAAGCCAAAUUUACCCGAUAUCACAGAAGACGUCAACCUAACAGAUUAUGAUCCACACGAGGACCAGACACACCAACACAGAAGGGAGGUCUAUGAAGAAGAUAACGACUCCUACCGCCCUAUGCCGUGCCAAACCUCCUAAGCAAAGUCCUCGUCACCAACCAGCGGCUGUUUGAUGGAUCCAUUUGGGAAUCCCAACAAGGGUCUUGUCUACUAUGUGGCCAAUAGUUACUGUCUCGGCUUGUGGUGUCACACCAACUCAUCUGGAGACCUCCAGGGUCUUCUCGUCUUAUAUGGGGCCAAUAGUUACAGUCUCAACUGUUGGUGCCCCACCAACUCGUCUGGGGACCUCAAAGGUCUUAUCUGCUAUGGGGCCAAUAGUUACCAGCUCAGCUUUUUUUGGCACACCAACUUGUCCGGAGACCUCAAGGGUCUUCUCAUCUGCUAUGGGGCCAAUGGUUACCAUCUCAGCCUUUGGUGGCAAACCAACUCGUCUGGAGACCUCAAGGAUCUUCUAGUCUUCUAUGGGGCCAAUAGUUACCAUCUCAGCCUUUGGUGGCCAACCAACUCGUCUGGAGACCUCAAGGAUCUUCUAGUCUUCUAUGGGGCCAAUAGUUACCAUCUCAGCCUUUGGUGGCCAACCACCUCGUCUGACCUAAUUGGGUGUGAUGUCUACUGGGAUCUUGGCUCAUAGUCUUCUAGAUAAACCCCCUUGGACUUGGGUAGGACUUGUCUAUGUCCCUCUUGGGGAAAAAAGUAUGGCUUGGCCAACAGCCGCUGACCCUUUUCAAGUCUUCACCCCACCACUUUCCAUAAAGAGCUGACAUUUUUCAGCUGGUGCUACCACCUCCGAUGAUCUCAGCCCAGAAUUUGCGCUGCAGCGGUCAAGUGACGCACGCAAUCAAUGGCACUUUUGCGUGAACCACAGACUCAAAUAACUAAUUGUGUAUCUCACGCAAGGCAAUGAGGGAACAUCUUACAGACCACACAACAUCACCCUCUGCCUCUUAUCCAAUAGCACAGCCUAGUUUUUUUUAUAUUUCAAUGGAUUAACACAUUCCACUUUUUUCUUUUUCCUGUUCUUGUUUUUGCGGGACGAUCUAUUGAGCCUCAGAUGCUGAUAACAAUCUCCCUAAAUGUAAAACGGGCAUUGUAAGUGUCAAGGUAGACAUCGGCCGUCCUGUUAUCGAACCAAACAAGUUGGUGUUGCGUCUUAUCUGCUGACGUUGCAGGACAGGGCGCUGCUCCCGUGUACUGCCACCUGCUGUUUAUUUUGGGUAUUACUCUGUGAAGUGCAAUAGUGCUGAUUCUGCACAAAACAAAGAACCGCUCAGAUACUGAGCGAUUGAAGUACUAAGUUCACUCUACCGGACGGUAUUAAUGCCUCAUUUUUCUCAAUGUGAAUAGAUCUCUUAUUAUUAAAUGGUAUUUUGGCUUAUUAAA